AUGACUGCUCCCUCACAAUCACAGCCCGCCAACCGCGGUCACGAGAAGGAUGACGGCCAGUCCGACCCUGUGCUCCUAUCUUCUCCCCUCUCAACCCCUCUCACCACGAGUCCUGAGCCGGUCUCGUUCCAGUCGCUGGCCGACCAGAAUUCAACACCACUCAGCAUGUUAGACGACUCAUGCUUUCUGGACACGGAAAAGUCCAACAUGAGCAGCUUUGGUGCCAUGGUCGCUGAUGCUGGAGCUGCUAGUGCAGGUGGCGACAAGCCCACAGCGUCCUCGGACCAAUUACCAACAGGGCCAUCCGCUAGAGGCCUGGACCCCAGCACUCAGAGCCAGCGCACUGCAGAUCUUGGGACUGCUGUCUCUGCUGCGGGUGACGGCAACGCCGAAACGACACGUGCCGUUGAUGAUACCGUCAAUGCUUCCCGUCGAGUUGAUUCAAAUCCAUCGACUAGCCAAUCUGCUCGCGAUGGAGGCUCAAAUCAGGGUCCUCUAAAGAAAGAUCGACAGGACAUCGACAGUCCAGCUCUGCAGGAUCAGCAUAGACGACAAUCACAGCAAAAACUCAUUUCGCCAGCAACACUUAAUACGACGAGCCUGCCGGCCCAAAAUAGCAGCGCCCCAUCCAGCGGCAUCUCGCCUCUCAGGGGCCCGCAUCAGAAUCGAAUGGACCUCUGGAACAGAAAUCAGCAGCGAUACGAGACUGCUCCAGCGCCCACAGGGUCAGUGCCAGCUCAGGCGCCAGCGCUCCCUGCAUCAGGGAUAGCAACUGCACCAGCGAGCGCCCACUGUACGGAUAGUGCUGCUUCUAUUGCUGUUGCUCGAGGCGCCACACUGGACAUGUCAGCAUCCACUUCACCCACUGGCACUGGCACCAAAUCCGCUUCCCCUGGGCAUCGACCGGGCUACCAAGACGGCCACCUCAACGGUCAUUCCUCACACGACACCCACGGCCACGCUUCCUCUCCCUCCUAUACAUCCUCCCCUUCUCCUCUUCGAGUUGGAAGCGUCCAACCCACCACAAAGUUCGUCCAGCCGCGCCCGAGGACAAUCGUUCGCACAACCUCCGACUCGGGCUCCCUCGAUCUCAAACAUCCCACUCCCGACAUCACCUCCCAGGCCCGAUCUGGGGCCUACGUUGGGAACAUCGCCCAGCUCGAGGCCACUGCUGUGCGACUGUCUAUGACAAGUUCCAUCGACGAUGCAAUCCGUGAUUUACACACCGAACUGAAGCGAUCCGAUUCUCGACGUUCGUCCAUCCUCGCCGCCAGCGUCAAGGCUUCGGGUUCUGUCGACGAUUACACCCCCGGUUCGGCAGUCGAACAACUCAGACGACACCCCUCAAUCGCAUCCUCCAUCGUUUCGACGAAUAACGCUGCUCGCUACGGCGGCUACUCUCCCGCCGGAUACGUUCUCUCUCCGAACCACUCGCUUACUGGCCGUCUGCGCUCGGGAUCCAAGAACUCGGCUGGUCGACCAGAUUUUGACCUCGACUCUGUCCUGUCACGCCACGGCCCAGGCAAGGCGUCUGUCAGAAGUGUUCGAUCUACAAAGAUCUCCCUUGCAGAGAUUUCAGAGUCCGAACCUAUUUCACUAACCCAGGACGUUCUCGACAUGGCGGACAAUUCGCCCCCCAUUAAGAAUACGGAGAGCGACUCUCUCCUCCCCAACGAGCUUCGCGAUGCCAAUAUGCCCGCCACCGAUGUCUUCAAUAAGAUGAUGGGAGACGAUGACUUCUUGGAUAAGAACGAAAAGAAGCCUGCCGAUGCCACCACGGGACUUCUCUCCGAUCAGGAAGAAUCUCGAGAGCCGAAGCGGCCUGGAAGUGCGCACUCUGACACGACUUUCCAGCAAUGUCAAGAUGCGUUCGGUGACUUUGAUGGUGUGCACUGGGUUCCGGACCAAGAGGACCCCUAUGCCCCUCCUGAAGGGCCAGUGUCUCCUCCCAAGAGACAAAUGCCAUCCGCUGCCAUGGCUCGGCCGCAGUCUUACAUGGACCCUGAGACUGGUCAGCAGAUGCUCUACUACCCGGCCCGAGUGCCCGCCAUGCUCAACCUACCCCCGAAACUGUCCAACAAGCCCAAGGCGACCGAGAGGAACAAGCGACGUUCCCAAGUGAUGAGUGCCAUGUUUGAGGGCAACAGACAGUCCCGUGUGCUAGAUGACAACCGACGCUCCCAGGUCCUGGAUAACCAUGACACUACUCGGGACUCUUGGCUGCCUGACCCCCUUGCAGGCCACCGAGAGUCGUUUGCUGCUCUGUCUACAGAGCAGCUGCAGCAUGUAGAUCAGGAACCCCAGACCAUCCGCUCUGUCCAUUCGGACCGAGAUGAAGCGCCUGCAGUCCAGCCUGAGACAGCGCCCGAAGCUGAGGCCGAGCCACUGAGACGGCCCAGGCGAUUGUCUAAGAUGGAUCCUGACAAGCGCAAGUCGAGAAUGUCCAAUCUGCCACCGCAGCUGAGGGCCAGUGUCUACUUUGACUCGCCCCCGGCCGCACAGCAAGAUAUCGAGGUCAAGGACGGAUCCGCCAUGGCCACUCUCGACAGCAUCCUGGAUGCAUCUGCCAACGCACCAGUCAACGCUUUCACCGACCACGAACGAGCUGGCAAGCUUGGCCAGGAGGUGUACGGAAAGGAACGAAAGCGAGCAUCGGUCGCUGCAUCGACGGUUCUCCGCCCUGAAUCGGGCGAAAAGCAGCACGAAAAGCAUGCUAGGAAGCGAUCCUCCUUCAUGUGGCUCAAGCGACACAGCCAUGAGAGCGACGACGAUGACCACCGAGCUAGCAAAUCGGAUUCUGGACUUGGUCCCGUCAACGCCGAUACACGUGCGACUGAGAAUGAGGCGCUGGCUCGCAGUGUCGACGGUCGCAGCGAAGGCCACUCCGAUGACGAACAAGAGGCCAAGGAAGGGGAAGAGUCUGAAGAGGAGGCUUACUUUGGACCACCCACGACACUUCUGGCUGAACUUCAGUUGCGUAAGCAGCAGCAGAAGCAGCGUACCCAACGAACGUUCCCCGGCGGCAUGCAUGCAACCUUGCUAGAGAUGGACGCUGUUGCCGAGACUCAGCGAAAGGCCAGAAAGGAUAAGCGUGUGAACUUGGCUUGGGAGGACGCCGAUGGAAACCUCGUCGACGAAAACUCGGAUGAUGAGGAUGUGCCCCUGGCCAUUAUUGCGGCCAGGAACCAAGGCGCCCAGAACGUCAUGGACCUCAACCGACCACUGGGCUUGAUGGAGCGUCGCGAGAUGGAGGAUAAUGAACCUCUAAGCCAGCGUCGAGCUCGUCUUCAUGGACAAGACCCCAGGUCUGUCAUGAUCCGCAAGCCCAGCAUGAACGACCUCGGUGCCAAUAACUUGAGCGCAAACUAUCUCCCACAGACUCCACAGUCGGCACAACAUCCGGCAACCGAACCCGAUGAUGAGUUGGAGGGAGAGACUCUUGCUGAUCGGAAACGCCGGCUCGCCGCCAAGGACGAAGCAGAGAAUCCUCUGCCCAAGGCUCGACCCGUUAGCGGUGCCUUUUCCGUGGAACUGCUAAGUCAGUUUGAGGAUCCUGAAGAGAAGAAGAAGCAGGAAGAGGAGAAGGCGAAGCCACCUGAGGAAGAGACACUCGGCCAGCGUCGUCGUCGUCUACAGGCUGAGCGUGAGGCUCGUGAGCGUGAAAUGAGCUUCAACCAGCUGAACGCAGGACCUGGAGAUGCCGGGGGUCCUGGAGGAGGUCCAGUGCCUGGCAUCAACGGCAGAAUGCAUCAGCUAUCAGACAUUCUUGCCACGCACCCCAAGAGAGAGGCUGAUAUUAUUGCGCAACAAGAGCGAGCUCGCGUGGAACGUGAGAACCGACUCGCACGAGAACGCGAGGCCAAGUUGGCCGCCUAUCGAAAUCAAAUGCCACAGACCUUGAACCGGCAGAUGCCACAGAGUCUCGGUGGUGGUGCAACCAAUGCUCACAAUGGUGCUUUCCGAGGCGGUGCCUUUAAUGAUGGCACAGGCGGUCAAGGCCCUCAAGCAGCCAUGUCCUCGCCAGCUCUCAACACACAACUUCUCAGCCAGCCAGCCCUUAAUCACCGAACGAGCGCUGUGUUUAGCGCUUACGGCGCACCGAUACAACAAGGCCCAUAUGGUGGUUCUGCUACCAACCUGGGCUUGAUGCAACCGGGCAUGCAGCCUAUGCCUGGCGGUUCAAUGAACAGAAUCGAGCAAUGGCGCCAGAGUGUACUCCCUUGA